CUCCCCCGUGUCGUGAUGGUUCCCCGAAUCUCGCGGCCGCUUCUGCUGCUGCAGACAGCCGUACUGCUGACACUGUCCGGGUGCAUUUGCCGAGCGCAGCCCAAGAACUACAAGUGCUCCAUAAUAAAUGAGGCCGGAUUUUGUUUCGUCGAGAACGUGUAUCUCGAUGUGACCACCAACGGUAUCGGUGGGGACUCCUCGAGUGCGGAUAUGCGGGUGCAAUUUCCACGCCACCCGACGCUGCUCAUCAAAUCCGGUGCGAUACCAUACUUCGGGAAGGACAUUUUUGCACUGCUGGGCAGCACCCGACAGCUGCAUGUGUACAACAGUACCAGCAUCAAGCAUCUCUUCAUACCGGUGACGAACCUGACGGAGAUCAACGUCCAGCGUAACGGACUCGCGGAGUUUGACGUGGAACCGGUGGAAAACCGUGAACUCAAGGUGCUCUCCAUCGUCCACAAUGGGUUGAUCAACGUGCCGCGCAACAUCCGCUAUCUGGUGGGUUUGGAGAAGCUGUACCUCUACAACAACUCGCUCGAAUACUUCGACCUGGAGAUGUUGACGAACGCCACGGGUACGCUGAAAAUCCUUUCGAUCUACGAUAACCACAUCAAAACGCUCGACUCCCGGGCCGCUUUACAUUUCCCGAAGCUGCAGACACUGUCGCUGAGCAAGAACAAGCUCACGUUCGUGCCGUACCUGGAGGAAUCGUUCCCAGCCGUUACGGUGGUGUCGCUGCGCAAAAAUCCUUGGAACUGCAGCUGGCUGCAGACGAUCAUGCAGUAUAUAGAGGCGCGCAAAAUUCAGGUCGUACGCAAAGAUGCCACCUGCCGCGAUCGGUGGAUCAGCGAGAUCUGCUGCACGUACACGGUGCUAGACUUUAUGUUCGAUCGCCAAGCUGCGCAAAUGCAUCGGCAGCAGCAACUGCUGCGGAAUGUUUCGCACGAAAAUCAGCGAUUAGUCAACGCGGUGCAUCAGCUGGCGGAUGAUUUGCAUCGGUUGCAGUUGCGAGUUGAUCGACAGCCGCAACACACGACCGGGAAGAGUACGGCCGACGAUGCGAGGACUGGUGAUGUUGUGUAGCUAUGCAGGUGUGGUGUGUAUUACGAGCGCAAUAA